UGCGGCGAAGCAGCAGCCGACCGUCGGCUCCACUCACUCUACGUUCUCGGCUUGCUCAGUCGGCGCGCUGAGCCGCUGUCGUCUGCCCUGAAUUCAAAACCUCAACGGGCUCAGCCGUGUCUCCGGCGUUGACGUGACUGUCCGUUGCGGCGUGAUAAUAGCGUGGCGGCGAGCGGCUUCUUCGUCUAUCCCCUCGUCGAGACCCAUAAGCGGAUUAACCUCACCGACAAGCUGGCUCCGACGACGUUAAACGCGCUGGCCGCCACUCAUUCGACGGCGAUGGACGAUGACGAGUGCUUAGCGCUGCUGUGCUUGGAGGCGCCCCAUUACGGACAGAUCGCGCGCGCGUCGUACGAUUCGGCUAUCGUCGGCGACGCCGGUGUCAUGGAGAGGCUCAUCGGACUGCAGAGCCGCUACACGGUCACCUGCGACUACUGCGUCCGGGUUCAGACUGAGGUGCAGAAGCCGAUGAGAAAAACGUUGGCGCUUUGGAUGUCGGAGGUGUGCGAGGAACAAGGCUGCGAGGACUCGGUGUUCCCGACGGCCAUGAACCUGCUGGACCGGUACCUGUCCGUGGCGGUGGCGCGAAAGUCUCAGCUGCAGCUGCUGGGCUGCGUCUGCCUGCUGCUGGCCUCCAAGUUGCGUCAGACCCGCGCCCUGGCUGUCGACGUGCUCGCCUACUACACUGACCACUCGGUGACCGUCCAGGAGAUACAGGCUUGGGAGCUGCAAGUGCUGGACCGGCUCAACUGGGACGUGGCGUCGGUGGUGGCCAACGACUUCGUCGACCACUUGGUCGCCAUGUUGAGUCUCCCCGACUGCGGCGACACCGUGCGGAGGCACGCGAACACCUUCAUCUCCCUCUGCGCCUCUGAGUACCACUUUAUGAGCUACAGCCCCGCCCUGUUAGCCACUUCCAGUGUGGCUGCAGCUGUCCAUGGACUCAGAGGACCACUUUAUACAACGCGGGCACAGGACCAACUCACGUCAACACUGGAAAGGAUCACACACGUCCGGACGGUGGACAUCCGACGUUGUGUCCUUGAAAUUGAGACACUGAUGGCAACCAGUGUGGCGGCAUUUCAGCAGCAGCAGUCGUAUGUUAAGGGCGGCAGUGCAGCAGUGACGUCAUUCGCAACCAGCAAAAACAACGCACUUGUAGCGCCCUCCAGUGCUGACCCCAGCUGCAGUCAACCGAACACACCAACGGAUGUUCAAGACAUCAGCUUCUAAAAGAUGAAUCCUCCGAUAGUUCUUUGUCGUUUGCGUGUUAACAUGUUUGUCUGUUUUGUCUUGUUCCUGUUACGUUCCAUGUCUUACGACUUACGAGUUUUCUUGAAAUAGUCUGUUGUGGCGACUUUUUGCCUUUUGAAGGUUUUGACACUUCCGUUGCCUAUUUCAAAGCAUUGGCUUUACGUUAAAGUCAUUGAUACCUUUACAGUCUUCGAAACCACUGCCUUGGGUUAGCGAUGUUUUUUUCUACAUACAAGCCAUUCAGUAUUCAGGCAGCAUUGACAACUCCAUUUUAUAGGGGACGAACAGUUCAAGACAUGUUGAAUGCAUACAGCACUGUAAACUAUGCAUUUUCUUUCUUUCUGAAAAUCUUGUUUUCCUUUUUCUUUGUAUUCUUAUGACAAGGGUUGAGCAGGAGAUGUACUUCAUCUGCGUAACCGUCUCUGCUCACCUGCUACUGUUCAUGUCUUGUGCGGGAUUUUAAAAAAAUGUGGUCUAUCUUCUGCAUUACUUUGUGUGAUUUGGAGUUCCGCAUCUGACAUUAGGUGUUCCACAUUUAUGCAUAUUCAAGUGCUAGGUUUUUGUGUUUGUAUCACCAGUAUCUUCAUAAAAAAACGACAGCAAUCAUAUUUCGGGUUCAUUUAAAUGCUAGGUAUGUAAAGUACAUAGGUCAUUCUGUGUGAAAAAAAUUGUUUUUAGUGUUAAGUGCUAGCAUAUUAUAAUGUCUGCACAUGAGUGUGUGUGUGACGCUACACGUUCGUUACCUGGCAAAACAGCAAAACCAAAUCAGUGCUAAUUUGGCACCAUGCAUAUUAUACAUAUCAGACAUAGUUAAGUUCUUGUGGUCUUUAUACCCUGGUGCUUGUGACGUUCACUGACUAGUCUAUGGCUUUUUGCCAGCGGUUUUUUAUCCUUUAUUGACAGAUCUCAUGAGAUUACAUAAAGGGUAUCUUUUUACUUGUCAACUGCCUGUUUUUAUCUUGCAGUUAUGACUGUCCAUUUUGCUAGGCUUAGUGUCAUAAAGGCUUAUGUACACUUAGGUGACUAUUUUUGAACCGGUGCUAAAUAAAUUUAUUUUGUAUUUUAAGGAAAGGUCUCAAAUUGGAAUAAAGAAGCCUUGUUUAGAAACGGGCCAUCCAGUAAAAAAGGUAGUGUAACACCACUGGAAAUUCACGUAUUGUACUCUGUACGAGACUGACUGCUGCAUUGGAUAGCUUGUUACCUAGGCUGUGUCUUAAUAUAUUCUACCUGUGUGUUUUCUUGUGUAUACAACAUAGUGUUCAGUUGAGCCAUAUUUUUAUGUGUGUUCUAGCAUUCUAUGCUGUAAUUUAUUGAAUUAGCACUGCACCAAAGGUCAAAAUGGUCCAGGCACGUCUAGUCCCUUUAUUUCUCUUUGUUCAACAGAUAUUUCUUAUAUGCACACUAAAAAACAAAAAAAAUAUAUCUUCUCUCAUAUAUAUCUCUCAACGCCAAGCUGGCACCACUUGACGCCCCACAACAUACACAUAAGUCCCUGCCAUUAUCAUCUCACACACAUAUAGUUUUCCUGCUUUUCUUUUCGCCUUUCUUUAUUUUGUAUUAUUUUUGUUGUCCCCAUUUUGAUCGCGAUUAAUGUCCACCCCACCGGGCAUCACGAAAACACGAUUAUACACAGGUGCCCUUCAGGGCCAUUCCUUGGCUUCUAUUUUUCCCAGAAAAUUCUGUAGCACGUCAUUGUUGCAUGCUGCUUGAACCAUUACAAUGGUCCACCUGGUCUGCCACUGCUACUGGAGUAGGUUGGAGACAUUAAAAAGCCCAAGCAGGCUAGUAUACAAGCUCUGCAUGCACUGCACAUGCACGUGGUACGUGCCAUGUUGAUAAUAUAAGCCAUACUGUAUCUCAUGUUCGUGUGUUAAAGCUCCAUCAUCUCAACGAAUGCACGGAGCUACUACCUGUUUGUGGAUCAGGUGCUGAUACCUCCAGCCCUUUCAGAACCGCAGAACCAGACCCCCUAUUGCAAGUGUAAAAAAGCCAAAAUAUUUUUUAGCACGCUGUUCAUUGCAUAUGUUCUUUCUGGUUUGUGUUUUGUGACACAGUUAAAGUUUGAUAAAAUAAGCGCUCCUCCAUGACAAAAGAAAAAACGUUGACAUAUAACCUUUUUGACCUAGGGGAUGAAGGGACAUCCUCUGUGCACAGUUGGAGCGUUCGUAUCGUACUCAUGACCGUCCUCAUUCUUUCUUAAUACCAUAAGUCAUGUGUAGACGUUGUCUUUUCUUUAAUAAAUGUCCACAUAUGUC